AUGGAUCCAUCACCCAGAACCACGCAUCUCCCUGGCCGUGUACUCCCUUCAUCCAUCAGGUGUGACAGAACCCAACCAGAACCUUCUUCAUCAUCUUCAUCACCCACUUCCUUGCCAUUAACACCACUGCCUGUGUCUCCAAAACCUGCAUCUCCUAAACGACCUUGCUCACCAGACACUGAUUCCGAUGAUGAAAUCAUGAGCUUGAACGUUCCCCAGACGACUAACAAUGGCAUAGCCAGAGUUAUCACAGGUACCUCCUCCAAGAACUGCCUCAAAAUCACAGAUGGCAAACUCACCCAUGCUACUUUCCAAUGGUUCCUAACUGCAGCCCAGAACUGGCGAAAGGCCUACCACCCUACUGUUGCCGAGACCGAAAUCAUGCCCUAUCUCACUCCUGGUUUCUGUGAUAACCCAUGCUUAGACGAUUUUUACUACCAGAACUCCAAGCAUCACAAUAAGCUUACACCUUCAAAAUUCAUUGAGGUGUUAUGGACCCGGUUGUAUGGCACAUAUUGGUAUCUCGAUGUUUGUCAUGUGCUGGAUAAUCUACAGCAAGGAGAGGGUUCCUUCGCAGACCUGUACGACACCAUAGGAUCCCAGAACUGCCUCCUUGAAGGCAACCAGAAGGAUGCACUGAAUAAACUCAAACGAGCCCAUACCAAUGCCUUCCAGUCAAACUCCGCAGUCACUGCACCUAUUAGCUCGUCCCAUGCUUUUCCUCCAUUCCCAAGCCAUACGUACUCUGCACCUUUCUAUAAUCCUAACAUUGCUGCACUCUCUGCCUCUUCUCAACCUCAGUUCCAGGUCCAACCUACUUUGCAAUAUACCGGUGGACAAAUCCGACUCGCUCCUCGCUUUAAUGAACUCGAAAAGUGGCUCAUGUUCUUCCUUGCGCACUUCUGUAUCAACUGCUGCUUCCCUUUCCAAAACCAUCAUAAAAGCGACAACAUCUGUGACCCAUGCCCCACAGCAGGAUACAAGAUACAAGAUGUCAACUUCAUCAACCAUUGGGUACAGGCCCAUCCUAAUGGUUUUGAGAACUGCCAUGUACCAGAUCCAAAUGUCACACCCCGACAACCACGCAUGAUUACAAAUAAGGACAUUGUGCAUGCCAUGGCCCAUGUCCAGGCCAACAACAGCUCGGUACCUCAGUUCUUCCUUAAUUUUGUGCAGACUCAUGCUCAUUCUUCUGUGGCUUCCUCCUCUAAUGCUGUUCCCCUUGGCCAAUUGUCUCAUGUCACACCCAUUCAACCAAUUCCUCAGAACUUUGUUGCACCUAUUAUUCACAGUCACUCCUUCCCUCCCUCAAAUGAACUUGCCCCUGCAUUCCCUGAUAUGAAGGCUCCUUCUCGCCCUCCUUUGUGGGCCCCCUCCCAUGCUGCACAUAUGCCCCAGUUUAGUAAUUGCACUGUGGUUGGUGUCGAUGGUGAAGACAAUGGUUACAUUGAUGUUGAUUCUGGCAACUAUGAUGAGCCUCUUUUCCCACCUGCUCACAAUGUCCGCCCUUGGCAUUCUUGCUCUUCCCUUUCGUCUAGCCUACUGCAUGGCCAUCAUGUUGCAGAUGUUCUCCUUCACCCUGCUCAAGUCGAGCACCUGGAACAUGGUCGGUGGGCUGAAACUGAACCUCUGUGGCUACCUUCAGGACAACAUGACCACUCUGGUAGCAGAGACGUGAGCUGGAAAGCUCAUACCCCUGCUCACUCAUGCCGGACUUGAUGCCGCUCAUGCUUGUUGAUCCCUGAGAGGUCACAAUCCCGCUCAAGGUCAUGUUCGCACUUGAGAUCCUGUUCUUGCUCCCUAGACCAUGAGGAUCGUGUUGACUUUGACCUCG